AUGACAAGCCAAGCUGAUCCCCCGGUUGUGCCUCCUGCGGACAUCUCCAUCGAUGUCGCACUUGAGGAACCCGACGACGACGAUGCUGUGACUGAUGAGCAGCCGGUUGAUCCACCUCUUGGAUUUCCAACAGCAACUCGCGUCGGCAGAACUGUUUUAGUUUCGUGGUACAAUGCCUACAUUCGAGCGUGGACGACUUGGGGGCGUCUGGCGCCUCCUCGGCAAGCUCUUCAUCAAACGCCUCUAUUGUCGUUUCUGGUGGUCGCUCUCAAUCUCACCGCCAUAAGCGCCGCAAGUCAGGCCACGAAGGUCGCAACAAAACCCAAUAGGCUUCAAGCAUCUAUUCCAUCGACGUUGGCAAAGUGCCAGCAUCUACCCUUGAGCGGGAACACGAGCAAGGGGUCAGAGCAUCCAAAUCGAUCCGCCACGACUCAGCAGCUCGUUCAAGAGUCACUCCCUGAGUGGCCGACUGCUGGACGGAACUCAGUUGUAGAUCCCUGCAAGCUCAAGGCCAGUCCCAAACAUCGCGACUAUAGGAUGAACGAACUGGUCAAAAUGAACCAGAAGCUUCAGCAGCAAAUCGAGACAUAUAAUUAUGUCCUGGAAAUAUCUGUUGAACGAAACGAGACUCUCCAUGCGAAGAACGAAUCGCUGAAAUGUCAACUUGCCGCCUGGGAGACCGCCGCCUGGGAGACCCGUUCUCGUUCCGUUUGA